AUGGUAGCUUGGGCUGACCGUUUCGAUCUCGAGAAGCAGGUGACAUUCUACCUGUCCUACCACGACAACAAGAUCAACCAGUACAUCCAUUUCGCCUGCAUCUGGCAGAUCUUCAUCUCGGCGCUCUGCAUGUUUGCAUCGCUUGAGUCAUUUGCCGAGCCGCCAAGCUUCGUGACUUCGCUGCCUUACAGCCAGUAUAUGCUCUUGAAUCCGUCGUGCAUUCUGGCUGGCAUUUACAUGGUCUGGUACAUCCAGCUGGACCGAGUCGCUGGUUCACUAGGCGCUGCUCUCGUCUUCAUUUGCUAUCUUUUCGCCAAUUUCUUCGUGCAAGUCUACGCUCCAAGCAAUUUUGAGCGCCCGGGCUGGCAGAUCGCACUGGCUGUACACUGUUUUGCCUGGAUCAUGCAGUUCAUCGGCCACGUCUGGACCAGGCGCUCGUGA